GCCUCUCCUCCUCAGUCCGUGGAAAGUUCACAGAGGAUCCACCAGCGUGGGGCAGCAGCUGCAGGAGGUUCUGAGAGGUUCUGAGAGAAGGUCCAGUCCGCAGUUCUCCACCCGGACACCGGACCUCCUCCAGCUGAGGCAGAGACGCGGUUCUGGCCAGAAGGGAACCACGACCCAAACAUCAUCUGCUGUGGAACGGGUCCAGCCAGAACCGGGAUGAGCUGGACCCGCAGAAGAUGUGACACAGACCCGGAAGCCCGUAUUCCCACAGAACCGCUGAGGGGAAAUGGACCUGACCCGUCUCUGGAUCCACACAGAACAUGCUCGGCACCAUGAGCGAGCGGCUGAGCUGCAGCAGCUGCAGCGAGUCGCUUCACGGCUGCAGGUACAUCCAGGUGGAGCAGAAGGCGCUCUGCAUCCGCUGCUACGACCACCUGUACGCCAACACCUGCCACCACUGCAAGCAGCUCAUUGGACACGACCAGAAGGAGCUCGCGCAUGAGGACAGGUCCUUCCACGAGCGCUGCUUCAGGUGUUUCAGCUGCGAGCGCUCUCUGGCCAACGAGUCGUUCAUGCUGCAGGGCGACGCCGUGGUCUGCAGAGACUGCUACUGCAGCCAGUUCUCCUCCAGGUGUGCGGCCUGCAGCCAGAGCGUCAUGCCAGGAUCCAGGAUUCUGGAGAUGGAAGGCUCCACGUGGCACGAGGACUGCUUCCUGUGCCGCGGCUGCCAGAAGCCCAUCGGAGGCGAGUCCUUCAUCCCCGUUAACCACGACGUCUUCUGCAGGCCCUGCUACGACAAGAAGGUGGCUCCACGCUGCAGCUACUGCAGGAAGGCCGUGACCAAAGGAGGCGUGAGCUGCAAGGAGGAGGUGUGGCACCAGGAGUGCUUCGUGUGCAGCGGCUGCAGAGCUCCUCUGGCCGGCCAGUCCUUCCCCUCACAGGGCGACCGGCCGUACUGCCUCAGGUGUUUCACCAACCUGUACGGCGAGAAGUGCGCCGGCUGCAACACGCCCAUCACAGGCUUUGGAGACGGGAAGUACGUUUCCUUUGAGGAGCGUCGGUGGCACCAGCCGUGCUUCAAAUGCUCCCGCUGCUCCGUGUCGUUGGUGGACUCCGGGUUCUUCCCCGACCGGGACCAGAUUCUGUGCACGGACUGCUACAGCGACGACUGAUGACCCAAAGCUGCGGUUCUACAGAAACGUGUGCGAGUCUGAACAUCAGCGCCAGAUCAACUCCUCAGCAGCCUGCAGCUGUUUCUGUCUGGGUCUGACACCAAUGAUUAAAGGCGUGAUAUUAAACAUGUGACAUUG